ACCCACGUUUUCGAGUGUAGGAGUAGUUUAAAAGGAAGCUACUGUCGGCUAAAACAAAACAUGGGAUCAGUCCGUGAAGUGACUGAUAAUUGGACUUAGCAAUGUCCACUUGACUAUCAUAAUUAAUGGUUGUGGACUAUGAAUGACAUGAGUGGAAAUUGUUUGGAAUGACGCAGGUGUAUUUGUUCUUUGUCCUCCUCCAUAUUCUGCGAUUCCUGAUUGGUUACAACUUCUUUUGUUUUUAUAUCACUAAUUUAUAUUUUCCUCUCGAAUGGUAUUUUCAAUAUGUAACCUUUUGUAGUACCAUUAAAACUGUUACUGCCUUAAAUAGUUUGAAAUUUGGCUUUACAAUUUCAUAUAUAUGCUAAUGGUAUAUGGUGACUUGAACAGAUGUGCAAAUGUAGCAUGUUCUACUUUGUAGUUGACUGAUCAAAGACUGUCAUUGUGUCGAAAGCUUGUCUCAGGAGGAGGGCGAACAUAGUUUCAUCUCAGAACAAUGGAAUACUGGGUAUCGCAUUGUUAUUGUUGGACUGUUGAACAAAAUCUUUCUGUUUUUUAUAAAUGUUAACUCGCGAAUAUGUUAGUCAAAAAUCAAAUUUAUCGAACACCUUAAUAUAAAUCCUACCGUCUUGCAAGAAUUAUAAGUAUUCUUCACUGGUUGCGAAAGGUUCACACGUAUUGUCAAUUAAGUUUUAUAGGGCUGUAAUAUACAAGAAAAGAUUCCGGUCUUAUUAUUUCUUAACUUUACAAUCUGUUAUCUAGUGUCCAUUUACACCAUAAAAUUCAUUUUUUCAGUUCAUCUAGAUAAUGAAAAUUUACUGUUUUUCCCCUUGAACUAAUCACUUUAAACUUAUAUUAGUAUUUCAAUAUUGUUCAUUUAUACUAGCACUGACGUUAACAAAGGAUGUAAGUCCCCUACGACUGAAUUGUCUUGUGAAGUGAAUAACCAACCUCCUAGACGCCGAUCUUCUCAGCUGCGUCUUUCUCAGCGACCAUAUACUUCAGACCCAAACAGAACAGAUGAGAUUAUUAACACUCAAGACGAUUUAAAGAGUGAUGGAAGGACUACGUCGGAAUGCAAAAGUGAAUUUAAUCAUCAAAGCUCUUCCACAGUACAGAAAGAUCAAAUUUAUAGUGAAACUCGCUCUCCUGGAUCUACAACAACCGACUGCCCAAAUGUUAAACGGAUCAAAAUAGAUGUAAACUUAAGUAAAGACAAAAUUGGUGAAGUUAUUGAUACAGAACGAGUUCUUACAUCUCCGUCAUCAUCAGCAACAACAAACAAUCAAUCGGCUGUGACUAGUACAAUUACAUCAUCCCAAAGUUCCGUUACUGAUUCCACUAUCCCUGUAACUUCUCAGGAAAAUUUACCUCUAAUACUACCGCGUCGACCUUUAUCAUUACGGGGUUUAGGCAUUUCUUGUAAUUCGAAGAAUAGUUCAGUUUUAAAUAAUAUAGCUGGAAUGUAUGUUGACUCACCAUUGGCGCCUACAAAUAAAGUCUCAAUCUCAGCAAAAUCCGAUAAUUCAUUUCCACCUACAUUAGCUACAAUGCAUGAUUUGUUAGAAUGGCAAUGGGAUCAAGCUGGAGCUUUACUAAUGCAACAGGCAAAAAAUACAGAUGUUGUUACAUUAUUGGAUUGUUUGCAUCAAUUAAAAUGUGAAAAUGAUAUUCUUGAAGCUAAAUUAAUUCGUCUUACAACAAGACAUGAGCAUUUGAAAUCUGUGAAUGCUCGUUUGUCUGAUUCACUUGCUACAAUGGAAUCAACAAUGGUAAUGAACUCUCCAAAACAUGAAAUUUCCGAACAAAAUUCUACUGGAGUCAAUAAUCUUACAAAAAAGUCAAAUCACCAUUUCGCUCAUCCUUUGGAUACUAAUACUGCCAUUACUUCUAAUAUAACGACCACUACACAGAGUUCACAUAUAUCUACAAUCUUACAUUCUAUUGAUCAGGAAUCUCAUCAACUUCAGUUAUCCGACAAUGUCACUAAAAAUUCUUCAAAUCAAUCUGUCACAUUGGUCAACAAUUACAAUGAUCCAUCUUUUGCAAAAUAUUCAACUAAUGGAAAUAGAAAAGUUCCAAUUCUACCGAAAGACUAUACUACAACUUGUUCCAAUUUGAAUUUAAAACAUGAUUCAACAAAUAUUAUGGAUAAUCUAGGAUCAUUAGAUAAAAUUCAUUCAACCAAUUGUUUAAAUCAAACUCAACCAGUAUUUUGUACAUCAUUAGAUUCGAAGUCUUCACAUGAAUCACAUUUAAGCUAUUCAAAUUUAAUAAAACAUCAACCGAAUACAUUUCUAAAUGAUUCUUUCACUCCACAUAAUAAUAAUCAUAAUCAAACUAGAUCAACCUUUGACUAUCUAUCUAGUUCAUGUUCUUCUUCUACGUUACCGUCAACAAAUCCUACAUAUUUUACUAAAAGUGUUGAUCAUAAUGAUUUGCAGGAACUAAGCGCUCGUUUAAGUUCAGCAAUAGCCGCUCGACAACCUCAGUCAUCAAAAAGUACUAGUUCAGUUAUGCCUUCAUGUCCUACGUUGCCUAAGAAUUCUGGUCAAAGCAAAAGAAACAGCAAAGUUGUUACAUCUGCUCAACCAUCAUCUUCGAGUAAAUUACCGAUACCUCCGUUAAAUUCUGGUUCACUGGUCAAUUGCAUUUCGAAAUUAGACACAUUAACUAGCUGUCAUAAUUUCUGUCCUACGAAUUCGAAUAACGUGCAACCUACAACAUCAUCCAAUAAUUCAACUAAAUCUUCAUAUUCCAGUGAUCAAGCUUCUAUACAAGCACAAAGUAACCCUUUAUCUUUUAUGAUAUUUACAUCACCAACAAUUUCGGAAAUACAUAAUCAUAAUAAUAUUCAAUCUUCAACAAAUCAACCAAUUGUUACAUCUAAUGAAAUUCUCUAUAAUGAAUUAAAUACUAUUGAGUCAUCAAUAAUCGUAGCAACUAAUUCAAAUUCAGUUAGUUUAUCAAAUGAUUGUAAAACAACUUUAACUCAUUGAAUAAUAAUUCAGUACGGAC